AUGGCAUUUCUCGGGCUCCGCAAGUGGCCAACUCCAGUGGCAAAACCUUUGGCGCCGUUCGUUGCUGCAUCGGCUAUAACUUUCUACCUCGUCAGCUCCCUUCAGAAUAUGGCCGUGCGCUCUGAGACGUAUGCAAACGAUCCGAAGAACCCGUAUGCGGCGCAGAUUGCGAAGGAG